AGGCGAGAAAGUACCAAGAUGGUGGAAGAGGGAAAACAAAUUUCAUCUUUCCUUGAUAAAAUUUCGUUUCUUAAAGAGUAUCCCCUCCUGGAAAAGGCAACUGGAGAUAAUGAACAACCCACAGCUGGUUAUAUGUUUAAGGAAAUAAACAAUAUUUCAUAUGAAUCGGGAUCCCACUGCCAGUCAUUGCUGAGUUAUUUGGUUGAUAAACUGGAUUCCAAAUCUUACCAUGUUAAACUUAAGGUGAUAAAAAUAAUGAGAUACCUUGUGGACAAUGGCCACCAUGAAUUUGUGGAGGGACUGAGGAAAAAGUCCAGGGGCAUCAAGGAAGCGGAAAGUUUUGGGGGUCCCCCAGAUCCUCUCCAUGGCAACACACCUUAUGAGACAGUAAGAAAGGCAGCCAAGGAGCUGUCCCAGCAGUUGUACAAUGAGACUGGCAUGCAGCACAGAACAAGGCCACCAGAGGGCAGGAUUGAGGCUGUUGGGAUUAGUGGUUCUACUUCGUCUGGUUUGGAAGGCUUUGGUAACAGCCCCAACAAAACAACAAAAAGCCUUGGCUCCACAGUGGUCAGUGGCCUGAGAAGUCUUGCGGACAGUCUUUCUGACCACAGUGAGACCACAGCCAGGACAAAAGCUGCAGAUUUCAAGCGUCCAUUUGACCAGUACACCAGAGUUAGACUCCAGGAGGCAAUUUCUCCUGGAAAAUCUCAAGAGAACAGCAUUACUGAUACACAUAGAGGAACACAGAAAGCUCGGGUAAAAGGACGACCAGGAGGAGGUUGGGAUGAUGAUGAGGAGGAGGAGGUAGUAAGUAGUGGUUCUGGAAGUCAACUGGGAACCAGUUCUAGCUGGAACCUGCAUGACAGAUCAACUGGACACAGUGCUGGUAGUAAUGAGUUGUCUGACAGGAUGAAUUCCUUGACUGUGAGUGAUGACUGGUCAUCUGAGGUCCAGGCAGUCAACCAGUUUACCUCAAAGAGUGCCAAACUACUCCCUUCUCGGAGAGAAAUCCAGGAGUUCCUUAAAAGGUGCCAAAUAUUGAACUGUGAAAAAAUAACAGACUUGUUAAAUGAUGCUCUCACUUCUACAAAUGAUGUGAUGCUCAUGCGGUGCUUACUUCUGUUGGAAGCAAUGAUGCGGUCAGAUCUUUUCACCGUGGACCAGUUGACUUUGGUGUUCAGCAAGAACCUUAUUAUGUUGUAUCAACAUAAAGAAGGGGCAGUCCAGGCCAAGGCCAGAAAGAUAAUUCGACAGAUGGAAAAACUUUCCAAACACUCAGAAGUCUUUUCAGUCAUACCUGCAACUAGUUCAACCAACACAAUCCCCAUGUCUUCAAGCUCAACUAACACAAUGAAUAAGUCUUCCACUGGUACUUCCAUUGAUGGACUUGCACAAAGUUCAGAUACAAGCUUAGUGGCACCAUUUUAUGUUAGUACAGAUACACUGUUGAUAAAUAAUUCUGGCGAGGAGGUAGAUAGUGGACUGGAUAAUGGCAGUGAAACCAAUACCGAUAGCUUUGCUGACCUGCUGGAUAAUGUACCAUCUUUACUAGAAACUGAGGGAGAAAGAGGCGAGGAUAGCUGAUGAGAGAGGAAACUUAAAAACACAAAAGAGCAUUAGACAUUUCAGUAAUAAAAUUUUAAUUUUCAUGGAUAUUUCAGCAUUUUCCCUUUAAUCAUCGAAGUAUACAAUAUCCAAAUCUUACACAGAAAUAAGAUCCGUGUGCCUAUUUUUUGAGUUUUUAGUUCUCAAGUUCUUGAGCAUAAUGGAGAUAGAGACCAAAAUGUUUUAUACAGGGUGGUAAAAACUGGAAACAGAGAACCAGAAAAACAGUUUGGAUACAGAUACAUUGUCGGACUUAAAAUUAAAGUCAAAAUUAAUGAAAUUUCCAGUUUUUAAGGUCUAGUACUCAUUGUGCAUCUGUAAAAAUGGCUUUAGGACUUGAGCAAAGGGACGUAUUUAUUUCAAACUUAUGUGGGACACAUUCAUGAGUUAAUUUGUGUCACUAGGAGACAGUUGCUGCAGUGAUAACAGUACAGAAUUCAUCAAUAAUUUUAUGAUUCUAGCAAUGAUUUCUGUGGAACUCCUCACUUACCUUAGACUAUGUAAUAAUUGAUUAUUACAAAUUAAACAGGAUUUUGUUGGA